CCGCUGGCUUCGAGUUUGCUUGCCGAGCCCUUCGAUCGGGAUCUCUCGCAGCCCGAGCGUGGAUUUUCGAUUUUUUCGUGAACUUGUGCGACCACCGGCGAAACCCGCUCGCGACCACCCGGCUGUCUUCCGGUUUGAUUUGAUUUUCACGUCGAAGAGUAAACCGGUCACAUGGCGGUCGCCUCCGAAAACUCAGUGACGAUUUUUAUACGCACUUGGACUUUUAUGAUUAUUUUCUGCUUUGCGGGUAAUGCAGUCGGGUCUUGCUUGAGCUAUGGCCACUCAUGUUGGGGAGGUCAUGGCAAACGUAGCGGAGGACAUAACAAUGCUUAUUUCGUUUCGACUAAAACGAUGGACGAUUUACAACAGGAUGUCCCUUCACUGGCAAAGGAACAAUGGGUGCUAUCCCGUUUGAUUGCUCGCCCUUUGAUGUCUACGAAAUACCGUGGAAGAUGGGACCGACCAUUCAAAAUAAAGUCAAACUUUCCGCAACAUUGGGAGAACGAAGGACUGAACGCACACGUGAACAGUGAUACACCUGUCAGAGAUGAAAAUAAUAACGAGGACGGUGACGAAGGGAAGAAGAGAAAUAUUAAUGGUAUGGAGGACAUACUGGGAAGCAUCAACGAAGAUCGAAAGGAAAUACCGGAAAUUCUAUUAAUUUCGAAUAAUGGAGAUCAUCAGCAAGAGAGGAAACCACACAACGUAGAACUGAUCAAAUUUCUGAGUGAUAAUUUGGAAUGAGAGGGUUCCGACAUUACUGUGAAAUACAAUGUAAAAUAGAAAUUGUCAUAAAUGUAUCGUGACUCGACUAAAAAGAAUAUUAUUUAAACCACCUAAAUAGUGAUUCUUUUCCUCGAAUAAAGUUAAGUGACUGUCUUAUCAAUACUUGCAUCCUCUUCCCCGUUACAAAAAUUUAACCUUAUGCAUAUACCUACAUAGAUACUUAUAACGUUUUUCAACGUCAUUGUUAAUUUUUCGUAUGCAAAUUUCUUGUACAAUAAGACAAACAUUAACGUUAUACCUUUGUGUUUGUAAAUUUUAUCGUUGGAUAUAUAUAUAACUGAUUUUAAUUCGUAAUUACUUCUUUACAUUAUUUCUUAGAGACUUGUUUGUACACAACCAACUAACUAUGUUAUAAAUAAAUGUGAAAAUAAUGUAGUUUCAAAUGAACAUUUAUUAGUAAUGAUAGAACAAAGUUGUACGACGAAAUAA